AUGCCAUGGCCCAAAGAGAGCUUAGAGGCAAUAUAUGAAUGGGUGGAGGACUGGGACCAGACUUGGGCUGGCAUCUACUCAUGGUGGAAGUACAUUGAUGAGAACAAGAUCUCCAUCCCAAAGGUGUGUGAUGCCAACCUACAUGACAUGACCAAAGAAUCUGCAAUAUGGCAGAAUGAGGUGAUCCUGGAAGCUAUAGCAAUAGCAGAUCUUUGGUGGCCAGAAGGGCAGCAUAGAUUCAUCAUUGAUGACCUUGUUGAGGACUACCAGGAGCAGGUAGAGGAGAGAGCAUGGUUGGAGGCCAAGAGGUUUGCCAAUGCCCUGUCCAUGCACACCUGGGGCCAAGCAGCAAGAGGUGGGGGUCAAGACUGUAAGAGCUGCAUGAUUGACAGGGGGGGCUCUGGUAGCACAAGCAAGGGAAAAGGGAAACAGAAGGCCACCAGCAAGGAGGACAAGCUGGCCAAUGACAUUGAUGAUGAUGAGGGCGAUGGCAAAGGUGAAGGCAAAGAACCAAGCCCCUCCCCUCAUGAUUCUUCACCAAGUCCUUGUCUCUUCUUCUGUGGGGCUACUCCCAUGCCUGGGCCUUUGUUCAAGCCUUCACCACCCCCUGUCAACAAACCCCACCUGACACCCCCCAUCAACAAACCACAAGUCAAAUUUGAACCAUUCUCUGCAACUGCGACCAGCUUACUAAAUGAACCUGGAGACAUUGAAUCACCAGCCCAAGGCGAUACUCCAGCAGUUGCAGAAACUCUGGAGGUCAUAGACCCAUUGCUUGAGGCGAGGGCUGAAGAUGAGGAAUUUGAGCUGGAGCAGUUCCACCAGCUGCUAGAGAUGCUGGCAAGGUGGGUAACACUGCAGAUUGAGGCUGCACAGGCCAGAUGGGAGGAAUUGCAUAGGUUGAAGGACAAACUCCAGGACCUGUAA